CGCGCAGCCAGCACGGGCGAAUGAGCGAGCGAGCGAGCGCGCGCGCGCGCGGCGCGAGUCGCGACCCGAACCGCCAUGUUAGCGAGAUUUCUCCGUGCUUUCACCGGCGGCCCAUGACCCAAAAAUCGAUCCCGGAGCCGCCGCCGCCGCGACCGACGCGAGGGCCACCUCGGUCGCGGAGCUGCGCGUCAACAUCGGGCGAGCGCUGCCCGAAUUCCGCAUCCAUGGUGUGUCCUGCGAGUGCUCGUCCGCCGCCUCGGAAGUGGGAAGCGUCGCUUGUAGCGGAGGAUGAGAGGGCGUUACGGCUCAGCUGAUGCUGUUGAGGCAGCGAAGAACCACGUUCCGCUCAUUCUAUGCAAAUCCAACAGACCAAUGGAAAGGGGAAGGAACGGAGCCCGAUAUUUCAGAAACCCCCCACAACCGCACAUGUGCAUACAGGAUUUCAUUGAGGACACAAACGAGCCAUGUUUUAUCAAUGUGCUAUCAUGGCAGAAGAUUUCCACCCCUCGUAAACCAGAAGACCCUAUACCCCUCUACGGGGGUAUGCGAGUACCACACAAUAGUUCUGCUGCAAUGACACUGAGCAGUCACUUUGGGGCAAAAGUUCAGCCUGUAAUCUUUGCAGUGAUGGCAAAUCCAGAAAUUCUACGUCUAAGUGGGAAAACAGCACCAGAUCCAUCAGAUAGAGAUGCUUUGGUGGAACUGAUGAUUGAUUUUGUGGAAGCUAUGAACCCAGAUGUUAGAUUUAAACGUGAAUUCACUGUGCUCAGAGACCGGGAUUUGGCAGGGGAGCUCAAAGACAUCUGGUUAGCCGUGCAAGCCAAAAGAGAAAGAGAAAGAGGAGAAAAUGGUAGGAGAGAAGCAGAAAAGUUCCGUGAAAACAAAGAUGAACAGUGGCGGGAAGAAGUGAGACAAAGGGCACCGAGAAAUAUUGACAAUGAACUGGAACAAAAUAUUCUAUCUUCACCUGUCCAUGGUCAAGACAAAGAGAAAAUUGAAAUUGCUUCACAAGAACUUUUUAUGAGACAGGAAGAAGAUAGGAGAUAUCAAACAGAAAAAAUUGAAGUUGGGGCAGUUGAAGGGCAGCACCACAGGGAUGGGGAAAUUUCAUCUCUUUCCCUAACCACAACCACCGACCUGACAACUACUCCGUCCACAGAUCCUUUGAAUACAAAUAGUACUCAACAUAUGGGGGCCAUAAAUUAUGAAGAAGAAUCUGUUUACUCAUUGAUUAGAUCUCAUUAUGAACAAGAGUUUAACAGGACAGAGGGUAACACAAUAAACACAACACUUAGUUCAGAUGAAAUGUCUGAACAAAGUUUUCCCAAUGUGUAUACUGCUACUUGCUUCUCCAAUUCUCGUAAUGAAACUGGAGAUAAUGUGGUUUUUCCAGUAUUUUCUGAAAGUGUAGUCAGAGAUCCAGUUUCUACUUUAGAAGCAGCAUCAGGCAUUGAAGUAAACACAUCUGUAAUUGAAUCAAAUGCUUCAAGAAUAGCAGUUCAGCACGAGGAAAAUUACUUUUUAUCUCAUAAACAUCAAGAAACAAGUCCAAGAAAUGAAAACUCUUCUUCUCUCAAUGAACAAUUUGGUAUUUGUGACUCUACUGACUCGUCUAUUAGACACAAUGUAUAUGAAUGCAAAACUCAUGUCAAAGGAAAUGAAAAUGAGUCUAAUGAAGGUAAACCUUGCAAAAAUUCUGGUUUACUAACCUCUGAACAUAGAGGAGUUCCAAUUGAAAAAGAUAAUUUGUUCUCUGGGUUGUCUGGGGAAGCAAUGUUUUCGAACAAUAUAGCUCAAGUGCCAAAUGUGGCAGGCCGUAGCCAUGAAGACCAUCUCCCUACUUUGGGUGAGUCUCAAGGAGUGAAAUUUCCUCUUGGUACUGACCACAAUACAGUUGCCAUACCUUAGCCUCUGUACUUUCAGACAUGACACAAUUCUUGUGAACAUUGUAUGAACUUGAACAUGAAGCUGCUUCUAAAAGAUUUUUUUGCCGUGAAGAAGAUAAAGAGCCUUCAUUGAUGGUAUAUGUUCAUUUGUUUUUAAAAUAAAUCUUUUAAUGCAUUGUCAUUUUUAUAUAAUGCAUGUGUAACAUAUUCUGCAUUAAUUUGUGGAAUGAAAUGCUGUGAGAUGGAUGCCAGAAGAAUGUUUGUAAUCAAUACGCACAGUGGCGGUUCGCUUGUCAAGUUUAAAUUAGUAACCACUAUGUAAUCACCAUUGCAUGAAAAAAUGAUGUGUGAAAACUAGUGAACUGCCAGGACAGCUGAAGCCAUGAAGCAAUUUGGUAGAAGUGAUAAGAUGUAGAUGUACCAAGAAAAAGUUAUAGAUAUUGAGUUAUUAUAAUGCAUUCCAUGUAAGUCUGACAAGUUUUAAAAGUAGUGUGAACUGUGGAAAGAUAGAUUCUCUGUACAUUGCACACAUUUGUUAGAGGUAAUUGACAAAGAAUUGUUGCCGGAAACCAGGCUUGCAGUUUUAGGUUAGAUAGCUCUGACAGAGAACAGCAUUUUCACAUGCUUUGUUUGUUCACAGUUGUUCAGCAUAGUAACUGGUGUUAACUGAGAGUUUCUUGUAAGUGUAAUUUUUGCAAAGAAUUCAAUCAUGAGAGUGAUAAUUGCACGAACCGCCACUGAGUAUUUACCAUGCUGGGUUGCCCUAUAUUUAUUUGUUACAGAUACACGUGUUGAAAACAACACUGAGUACUGUAGAUAGUUGUACAAAUGUAUUGCUUUAAUCUGAAUGUUCAGAAGUUUUCAAAUAUUAGAACAGUGUACUGGAUGUAGGGGCAUGGAAGUCUUUUAUGCUUUAAACAAUGAUUUUUUUAAUAGAAUUAUAUAUUUAUUAAUAGAGCUGUGAUUGCAUGCCAUUGCAUUAGCAUUAUUACUAUAUCAUGUGCAAUUAGUAGUACUAUAUUAGUAUUACUGUUACCAGUUAACUUAUUUCCUAUUAUUAUAAAUGCAUCUUAUAGUAUCUUGGGAAACAAUGAUUUAAAUGCACCAAGGAGGAAUUUCUUGAAUUAGCAUUGAAAUACAUAUUCUGUUGUUUUCUGACUAAUGUUUACGAGCCUACUGCAUCAACGUACCGUAUUGUAUUGUUUGUCUAGGAAGAUCCUUAUUUUAAUUGAAUGUAGUAGUUUUGUAAACAUGUGACACCACUUCAAUAGUGAAUAAUGAAUCCUGAGAUGUAUGGUACAACUUGGCCAUGAGCCAAGGCAACGUUAGUAGAAAGUAAUGAAUUUAGAAUUGCUUUUAAUUGUGAUUUUGCCUUUAAAAUGUAUUGAUCUCAUUUGUCAGUUUAGAUAAGACAUGUAUAAUACUGUGUUUCAGUGUUAUUUGUUGAUAUAUUUCGUAAUGAUAUUACAAUUUAAUGGGCAUUUACUUUCACCACAGAUCAAAGAUCUGUAAAGUGUUGAAAUAGCAACUGCCUGUUACAUAAGACGUUAUGAAAUAACAUAGUUCUUGAAUAUAAUUCUCCUUUGUUAGUUGUAUCUCUGUCAACAUUUUAUUCAAUAAAAUGUUGUCAAUAUGAUAUAAAAUAUUUGGUUGUGAUUGUAUGUUUCUGUUUAUGAUUUCCUUCAUGAAUAGUGCUUACGUAUUCCCAUGGAAGUAACCUUUACAAGGAAAACAUGCAUGUUUAAAUGCAUUACCCAACUAGAAAGAACUAUUAAAAAUAUUGUUAAUGGAACUCAGGAUGUAAUUUAAAAGAAGUGUAAAAAUACUCAUAUCUCUUUCUGUAGUAAACCUUCAGAACCUUUUGAAAAAAUGAUUUUACUAAGUAAGAUUCUGUAGAUGGAAGCUAAUAGUAUAUAUAUAAAUAUAUAAUUUCCUGGCUCUUCAUCAAGGGUUGCUUUUAAGCAUUUUUUGCCUGGUGUCAGACAUAGCUUUACCCAUCCAGUAAUAUUUCAUCUCAUAUAUACCUAUUGAUGUAUAUGUGUAUAUAUGAAAUUGCAUAGAAUGUUCAAUCAUAUAUUACUACUAAUUGGGCAACCUUGACAUGAUUGAUAGGUUGGAUAUGUCUACUUCAUUAACAGUUGUCCCAGAGUUAUUUUUAAAGGCUAGUGAAUAUAAAAGAACCACUUCAAGAAUUUUUCUUUCAAAGUUCAUGAACUUUUCUUUUAAUUAUUGGCUGGAUUGUUCUCAUUAAGAAUCUACAUUGGUUUUUAUAAAUUUAUUACUUGAAAGGUUUGAGGAAAUUACACAACUCCAAGUUCUCAGCUGCCUUAUCUGUAACAUAAUGACAUUUUUCAUGUUCCUGUUUUGGACUUCAUUUAGCAAUGUCAUAUAAAACUUACAGAAUUUUGCAAUAGCAUGUUUGUACAUCAUAAAAUGUUCCUUUGUAAUUUAUUUUAAGCAAAUAUUUAUUUUGUAUUUCAUUCAUGUUCUUAUACAGUGCCAUGUUUGUCUGUAAAUUUGGCUUCAGAAUAUAAAAUAUAAAAAG